GCUAAUGUACUAUAUGAGGCAAGUUAAAUUUAAGUCACAUGAGGAAAAAUGGAUAGUUCUGAAUGACAAUGGAGAUUUGGGAUUUGGACACUAUGAUAUCCUAAACUGGCAAUUAAAUGAUAUGGGCGAAAUUUCCUUUGUGACAGUUGGGAGAUAUAAUUUCGGAACUCAAAUGUUUGAGCUCAUUAUUCCAAUGAAUUCUACAAUAUUUUGGAACACUGAGUCAUCAAGGCGUCCAGAUUCAUUCUGCACACAAGUGUGUCCUCCAGGGACCCGGAAGGGGAUUCGCCAGGGGCAACCCAUAUGCUGCUUUGAUUGCAUACCAUGUGCUGAUGGAUAUGUGUCAGAGAAACCAGGUCAAAGGGAAUGUGAUCCAUGCAGUGAAGAUGACUGGUCCAAUGCAGAGAAGAGCAAGUGUGUGCCAAAGCUUGUGGAAUUCCUCGCUUAUGAGGAGGCCCUGGGGUUCACCCUCGUCAUCCUUUCCAUCUUUGGGGCACUUGUGGUCUUGGCAGUCACUGUUGUGUAUGUAAUCCACAGGCACACUCCAUUGGUGAAAGCCAAUGACCGAGAGCUGAGCUUCCUCAUUCAGAUGUCUCUGGUUAUCACGGUGCUGUCAUCCAUGCUGUUCAUAGGCAAGCCAUGUAACUGGACCUGCAUGGCCCGCCAGGUCACUCUGGCACUGGGCUUUUGCCUUUGUCUGUCUUCCAUUCUUGGAAAGACUAUUUCACUCUUUUUUGCUUACAGGAUUUCUGUAUCCAAAACCCGGCUUAUAUCUAUGCACCCUGUUUUUCGAAAAUUAAUUGUACUCAUCUGUGUUGUAGGGGAGAUUGGUGUAUGUGCAGCUUACUUGGUGUUGGACCCUCCAAGGAUGUUCAAGAACAUUGAAAUUCAAAAUGUAAAGAUCAUCUUUGAAUGCAAUGAAGGUUCUAUAGAGUUUCUGUGCUCCAUAUUUGGGUUUGAUGUUCUUCUGGCUCUGCUGUGUUUUCUUACAACCUUUGUGGCUCGCCAGCUGCCAGAUAACUAUUAUGAAGGGAAGUGCAUCACUUUUGGGAUGCUGGUCUUUUUUAUUGUCUGGAUCUCUUUUGUCCCUGCUUACUUGAGCACCAAAGGCAAAUUCAAAGUGGCUGUGGAAAUAUUUGCCAUUUUGGCAUCCAGCUAUGGCUUGUUAGGCUGUCUAUUUCUUCCCAAGUGUUUCAUUAUCUUGCUGAGGCCAAAGAGGAACACUGAUGAAACUGUUGGUGGAAGAGUCCCCACUGUUGACAGGAGCAUCCAGCUGACCUCAGCUUCUGUGAGC